CGAGAUAGUCUCGAGAAGUCAUCUUGACAGCCGCGGCUAUUCUAAAACGGCAAUUUCUUCCUUCCUUGGUCUUUACAGUGAAUUAACACGCCAUGGAAUUUCGUACGUUUGUUAUGAUACUCUUGUGUGCAUCAUCAUACGCCGAAGAUGAGUCCAAAAAUACCAAACCGGUUGUUGACGACAACAAGUCCACACGAACCGAAGAGCCUCCAGAGGGAUAUUAUGCGUUCGUCGAAUCACCGAAUGCGGAACCACCGAGAGUUCGGCCACCGCCCUACAUUGACAGCGAUAAAGAAUGUUACGGUAGCGAUAAACAUGGAAAAGGAUAUGUUUCCAUACAUAAUAUAUGCGGAGAUUUGAAUAAAGGCUAUAUUCCGCGAAAUCCAAUGAACCAAUACGUAAACGGCUCGUCAUAUCCUUUUGCACUGAUAAAGAAUCAUACUCUCAAGUUCCUUAGUAAGGCGUUACCAAUUCUCAAAGCUGACGAUUCACUGCCAAAGGUCGCCAAAGUGCAUUCAUUGUCACAAAAUUCCGUUGAUACAGAUGAAGAAGAAAAACAUGAUAGAAGCAAAAGAUCCAGUCCAUUGGAUUCGACUGUAGUUCCGGAUUCCAGUCGACACGGUCGUAAAUUUUGCGAUAACGGUAGUGGAGUGAUGUGCAUGUUAUUUAAAGCGAUCCAAGGCGAGCCGAUCACGUCAUCGGCAUCAGCCAUCGAACGCCGGGAUGAUCCUUCGACAUCCGAUUAUCGACGAGGAGAACGCGUACCAUCACAGGAAAAAACGGAAUAUACGGGUCCGCCGACACCAUGUCCAGCCAAAGUCGAAUAUGCGACUCCGGUUUUCGCCAAGAAUUAUCAAGGUGUUUGGAGAUACGUGGUGCAGAUACCUUACGAAGGUUACUUUACGCAGACAAUCGAACUCACCAGAUGCAUGCAAUCGAGAUGCCAUUACUUGGAUGGUGGAUGUUUAUCGUCGCCAAGAUGGACGAGUUUAUUGGUCGCUGAAAUAUUUUACCCGGACACGUUCUUAGAGGAGAAUCAAGAGGGUGCCGGUAUCAGCUCUGCUACUCGAGAUCCUGUCGCUGGAUCACCACCACCGGUUCACGAUUUUCAAAAUUAUCAGCAAUAUCUGCAAAAACGCGCGAGCACGGGAGAAGCACGUAACAAUGGUGGUUCUCAACAACAUCAUUGUGAUGGUGUCGAUGAAAUGGGUUGCUUUCAAGUACGACUAUAUUACGAUUGGUUCUUGGUACCCGGAAGCUGUAAAUGUUGGCGACCGGAUUACUUCAAUCGAUACGUCCGUCGUAGCGGUUCAAAUGUUGAAUUAUGAUGAACUUUACACAGGAAUGUAUUGUAUAUUUUACAUUCUGAGAACAUAUCACGUUGCUUUACUUCAGCGAUUAUAUUUCAAUCGUUGCUCCGUGCACGUAUGAAGUUGGAGCGACUUACCUGAGUCAAUCCAAAUAUCGCGCAUAGUCAUUGGCACGUCUAUUUAAUACAAAAUCAUUUUUGCUCAUACAUUAAAUUAUUUGAUACUAAUUUUUUUAUCACAAUUAAAUGUGAUAGUUUAUAGCAUUACAAUAGUAAAUUAUAAGCGAUCAAAUAUAUUUGAUUAUAUCUUUGAUCUUCAA